AUGGUAGCUACUGAAAAAAGAUCUAAGAAGAAGGUUUACAAGUGUCAGUUUGAAGGCUGUCAUAGAGAAUUCACAAGACCGUGUCUUUUGCAGCAGCAUCGUUACUCCCAUACUAAUGAAAGACCUUAUAUCUGUGACGUGGAAGGUUGCGGUAAACGAUUCAUGAGACCGUGUCAUUUAAAGGUGCAUAAAUGGACUCAUUCCAAAGUGAAACCUUUAAAAUGUGCAUUCUGUGAAAAAGGUUUCAUUACCAACCAACAAUUAAAGAGACAUUUGAAUACUCAUGCCAAGAAAUCAAGAAAGGCUUUAUUGGCUAUUACACCACCAAAUGAGUCUGAAACGAAUGAAAAGAAGCAACAAAAGAAAGCAAAUAGCAAACCGAAUGAUAUUUCUGAUGUAACAACAUCAAUUUCAAAUAUGAAAAUGGAAAACGGGAAUGGACAUGAAAAUGGAAAGGAUCCAUUGAGUUUACAGAACGUUCCAUUACCUGAUGUUAUCAAAUGUGCUUAUGAAGAUUGUGGUGAAAUAUUAGCACCAGGUGAAGAUUUAAUUAAUCAUUUGUUGGAAUCACAUUUGGUUAGUAAAUUAGUAUAUGAAGAUGAGGAAGACGAAUCACCAUUACCAUCUCCAUUGAAAGAAGCAAGUGAUGACCAGAAGUCGGAUACUCUUCUACAACAAAUACAAGAUAAACCUGUGCUUGUACAACCUCAACCAGUUCCGAAAUCCCAUCCUUCUCUUCCUCCUCCACAUCAUCAUUACACAGAUUACAGUAACUGCCCUGAUCUAGGUCCCGAUGGAUAUUCCGAAUGGACAGAUUUGUCAUGUAGAGACUGUACAUAUAAAUGUUUACCUUACACGGAAACAGUUUUUGAUUUGAUAGAACAUUACGAUCAAGAUCAUGGGUUUAUCCCGGAAACAUUGGUCAAGUAUGGUUAUAUCAACCUAUAUGAUACAAAUAUUUCAGAUCUAACCACAAUCCCAUGA